CAAAUGGUGCGUCUUGUGCUUCUGAUUGCAUUUUCGUUUUGUUUAAUUUGGCGCGUUCGUUUCCUAAGUCUUUUGUUUGAAGUCUGUGCAUUAUGCGAAAAGGAAACAAAAUCGAAGUAUAUAUGAAUCUUGAUCACAACUGGAUUUGGCACGCGUAUUCGGACCAACUAAUUUUGGCAACUUCCGCCUGCCAACCCAUUAAAAAUGAAUUGAGUGCAAAACAUUUUCAAACAUUUAUCGUUCUUUCGUGGCAAAAUCGGACCGAAUCGAAAGACGUUCAGAGACUGAGCGAGACAUUUGUCUUGUUCAGUUUUAUGUGAUUUAUAUGUGAAGCAUAUUUGAGAGACUCAAGAAUAUGUUCUAUUAACUAACAGAAAACACAUUUUCGCGGCUCAAUGUCAAAUUCCUCAUGGACUUAUGUUGCUAUGGAUCAUUAUCCCAAGUGCGAACUAUUUGAAGAACAUAUCUGAAAGAAGCUGUUAAAACAACUGGUCAUUUAUGCGGAACGUUUUGUUAGAAAACACAUUUGCAUAAUUUUUUUUUAUAAUUUUAUAUGGUAUAUCUCAUUUCUGUUGUCAGAUUCUUUAAUGCUAGAUGCUAAAAUUGGCCCAGACAAGCUGACGAAGCAUAAAGUGUAGUACGACGGAAUAGCAAAUCAAAACAAGCAUCGAAAAGUUGUAAAACACGAUGGGCAAGUCGUCAUUUAAGGAACUGUCACUGUGCCUGCUUGUGCUGCUGCUGCCGCAGCUGCUGGGCUUGACGGGCCGUGUGACGUCACAGCGCACGUCAUUGGACGUGGCCUUAAGGAAUGCCUACCGGCCACUGCGUCUGCUGGGCCUGGCCUUCAGCGGCCGCUCCGGCGAUGAGCCGGCGAACGUGCAACGCGUGCGUAAUGCGGGCAAAACCCAAAAGUCCAAUCCUCGCACGCGCGCCCUGCUGCAGUUCUGCGAUGCGGAACACGGACCUGGCCGACGCAGCGCGGAGCGUCCGUCGAGCGUGCAUCGGUUGCGACCCGGCGAUAUAGACAUUAUCGCUGGCAUGGGCGACUCUCUGACCGCGGGCAAUGGCAUUUUUGCCUCCAACCUGGGUCACGUCACCGUCGAGAAUCGUGGCGUGGUUUGGUCCAUUGGCGGACAAUACAAUUGGCGCAAGUAUCUAACCUUGCCCAACAUACUCAAGGAGUUCAAUCCCAAUCUCUAUGGCUACUCGCUGAGGGACGGCUUGUCCACAGAUCGCUCAUCGCGCUUCAAUGUGGCCGAGCUGGGCGCCAUGUCCCGGGACAUGCCCUACAUGGCCAAGGUGCUGGUGAAACGCAUGCAGCGGGAUCCGCAUGUGAACAUGACCCAUGACUGGAAGCUGGUCACCUUGUUUAUAGGCAACAAUGACUUCUGCUCCGACAUUUGCUUCUAUCCGCAGCCGGAGCUGACUGUUGCAUGGCACGAGCGGAAUAUGCUAAAGACCUAUCGCUAUCUGAGGGACAAUGUGCCACGCCUGCUUCUGAAUGUGGUGCCAGCGCCCAAUCUGCGUUUCCUAACCAAGCUGUCCGGCCUGCCGCCCAUUUGCAUGACCACCUUGCGCUUCGAGUGUCCGUGCCUGAUGGGCAAGAGCAAGCAGCUCUUGGAUUUCUACGAGGGCAUCAUGAAGCGCUGGAUAGCCAAGGACUAUGAGAUUGCCAACAGGGAGGAGUUCAAUACGGAGACGUUCACCAUCAAUGUGCAGCCCUUUUCCCAGUUCGAUGAUUUUCCGCGCACGCGUGCCGGCUUGACGGACAUGCGCUUCUUCUCCGAGGAUUGCUUUCAUCUGAGCCAGCGCGGUCACGCUUCGGCGGCCAACGCGAUCUGGAACAAUAUGCUGGAAAUGCCCGGCGAGAAGAGCGGCUUUAAUGUGCAUCUCUUUGAGCAGUUCAACUGCCCCAGCGAGAAGCGUCCAUACCUGAUCACCCGAGAGAAUAUUCGCGCCGAUUUUGUCAUCUAGUCGACAACUGCCAAUAUUAUUAAAUCCCACACCGACUGUGAUAUGUCUGUCGCCUUAGUCUCGACCAUACUUGUUUGUAGUAUUCAUUUACGCUUCCAUAAAUAUACGCUUAGAAAUUAGAAAAA